AUGAAGGAUUUGGGUGUUGCUGAGAAAAUUUUGGCUAAGCCUAUAGAUACUCCCAGUGUUGCAAAUGCUCGUUUGCCAUCUGUGUUUUCACCACAAUCUGAAGUUGAGAAGGAGUACAUGUCUCGAGUUCCUUAUGCUAGUGCAGUGGGAAGUUUGAUGUAUGCUGUGGUCUGUACUAGGCUUGAUCUUGCCCAUGUUGUUAGUGUUGUCAGCAGGUUCAUGGGUCAACCUAUGAAGGAGCAUUGGCAAGUUGUUAAGAGGAUUUUUGUUACCUUAAAGUGUUCGAUGACCGAUUAUUCUGAUUCUGACUAUGCUGGAGAUGUUGACAAUAGGAGAUCUAUGACUAGCUAUGUGUUCACUCUAGAUGGUCCUGUUGUUAGUUGGAAGGCAACCUUACAGCCUACAGUUACUUUGUCUACUACUGAAACAGAGUACAUGGUCUUGAUAGAUAUUGCUAAAGAAGGAAGAUAG